GGAGGUGGCGGCCAGCUGGCAGCAGGAAGGCAGUAGGCCGGAAAUAUCAUUGGUCAAAAUAUUUAACUGCCGCAUAUUAACUGCAGAGUGCAAAGUGCAUUUGCAAAACAACAACAGCAACAACAACAACAACAAUAAUAAGAAUAGCAAUGCCAAGAAAUUAUUUUCAGUGUACAUUUGCAGAAGUUGAACUUUCCGAAAAAGGAAAAAAUCGAAGAAGUGCACAGUGCAGAGUUUUUCAAGUGGUUUGAGAAGUGAAAUUGCAUCAAUGCAAUAACAAAAGAGAAAAAAAGCAAGAAAUACUAAAAAAAUAUUCAAAUCAAAUAAGCAAAUAAUGAACAUAAUAAAUACACAAUCUGUGAGUGUACAAGUGUGCGUGUGUGUGUGUAAAAAGUGGAAAAGUAUAAAAAUUAGCGAUUUUUGCAAUGCAAUGCCCAUCUCCAUUAGUGCGAGUAUUACUCAUUAGCAGCACCAGCAGCAGUAGCGCCAGUAAUGUAAUCGUCAUCAAAUGACAAAUUCCUCUGCAGUGCAUUGCAUUUUGCUGCGCGGCUGGAAUAAGUAAACAAACUUUUGUGGAAAAAGAUUUCAAUCCAAAAAUUACGAAAAGUAAUGCGAUAAUAUCUUAGGCACCGGAUGCCUGUUUUACGACAGUAAAAGAAAAUAGAAGAAAAACAAACCAAAGUAUAAGUAGUAGCAAAACAAGUCUAGUUAUGUUGAACUCCAACAAUACACAACAGUCGCAGCAACAACAACAACAACAACAACAAUCACAAUCAACACAGCAACACCACGCGCAGCACCAACAUCAGCAUCAGCUUCAACAACAUAACACACAGCAACAGCAACAACAAACACAACAAGUAUACAACGGCGAUUUGAACUUCACCACAUUCGCUGAACUUUGUCGCCUCUGCUCAAUACGAAAUGGUCCCGCCAAAAUUCAUCUAUUCGAAAAAGAAGCGGAGCAGAGGAAUUUGGUCUACAAACUGCGCACGCUAAUGUCAACAAAUAUAUCCAAGGACGACUACCUUCCAAAGAAUAUCUGUGAGCAGUGCGUGCACAAAGUGGAGCAACUGUUUGAUUGGCGACAAUCGUCUUUGCAGAUUGAAAAUGUUCUGCAGAAUUACGCGGACUCGAUGAGAGCAGUGACGGCAACAAUUAAUUUUCAGGACGGUACCGUUAAUAUGGAUAAAAUGACGGUUGCCCAAAAGAAUGCAUACCUUGAGGCGCACAUGGCAGUCCAGCAACAAAUGGCGCAAGCAGCAAUACAAUUUAAGCAACAGCAACAACAGCAGCAGCAAACGUCCACGAAUUCUGCACAACAACAACAACAGCAACAGAAUUCCCCCACAACCAAUAAUAACAAUAAUAACAACAACAAUUCGACACAGCAGCAAUUGCAGCAGCAACAACAACAACAACAGCAGCAACAGCAACAGCAAGCACAUUAUGCCAGUACGAUUAAGGUCCCACAAAUAAGUUCCUCCAGUUCGGGUGGUGCGGAGAGCACUUUUACUGUACCCGAUGAUGUGGGGAUGGGUUUCGAGGGUGGUGUACGUGUGCUACAAAGUUUAGGUAGUUGGUCACCGGAUAAUGUUACCUACAAUAUACCUAAACCGAAUCUUAUACCAUUCACCGAACCCUACGUCGAGGGUGGCUCCAUGCAUCCGGCCAGCCGACUCAAGGCACUGCAACAGGUGCAACAAGCCUCCUCGGGUGUGCGCAAAACGAAUCCAUCUAAAAAUCCAAACAAUAAGGCUUUCGAAUGUACUGUGUGCGGCAAAGGACUCGCCAGAAAGGACAAGCUGACAAUACAUAUGCGCAUCCAUACGGGCGAGAAACCUUAUAUUUGUGAAGUGUGCAAUAAAGCAUUCGCUAGACGCGAUAAACUUGUGAUUCAUAUGAAUAAAUUUAAACAUGUGACGCCCACGAAUAUAGCGCCAUUGGGCAAGCGGCUAAAUAAUAUGGUGAAGAAGAAAGAGCCUGAGCCCGAGGACAAUAAACAAAAUCUGGAAUUGCAACUGCAACAACAGGCCGUACAAGUGGCAACACAAAAUAUUAUAGUGCAAACGACCAGUGGCCAGCAUAGUACACAAACCACAGCUAUACCGGGCAUCAUUAUACCGCAUCACCAUCAGCAACAGUUGUCAUGGACUUGUGAGCUAUGCGGACGCAUGUUCUCGAGUCGGGACGAGUGGACAUUGCAUGCCAAGAGCCAUCUAGAGGUGAGUUGGUUGACGGGGAAAAGUGAAACAAAAACAGCAAUAGCCAAUGCGGUAAAGCAACGCAGCUUUCAAACUGAGUCCAAUUCGAAUACAGUGCAGGCCGAGGCACGUAGAGAGAAAAUAAUUAUUCAAAAUCAAAUGAUUAUAAGCACACAACAGCAACAGCAGCAACAACAACAACAACCGCAGCAGCAGCAACAACAGCAACAGUCACAUAUUAGUAAAAAGUUUAAGAAGCUCACACAACCGUCAACUUUAUUUUCUACAACGGCGGCAAUGUUGAACAACAGCAACAACAACAACAUGAGUAGUAUCAAUAGCAGCAAUAACAACAACAAUAGUAACAACAAUCGCAAUCAAAAUGAAAUUUCCCAUUUAUUUGCACACUCCCCCACGGCAGCCACAUACGUCCAAGCGCAACUAAACGACAUCAAUUUCACUCCAGAUAACCGGUCUGUUAACGCCAACGUUACCAACAGCAUUGCCGCUUCUGUUAAUAACACCAACGCCAACGCCAACACCAACGCCAAUACCAACGUCAACGCCAACGUCAACACAAUUUCAAAUAGCAACAUCAACUCGAAUGCCACUAUCGCCACCAAUACGACAAACACCACCACUGGCGGUAGCGGUGGCAAUACGGCCGGUGUACCGGUCGUCACCUACAAUGGCAAUCAGUAUUGUGUAAUCACACGAAAUGAUGCGGGCGCCGCAGAGAAAUCGGAAUUGCUACAAAUUCAUGGCCAAUUCACCACCGACAAGGAGGGCAAAACGAAUAUCAUUCUGAUGUCGCCGGUAUCAGCGAUGCCCGUUUCGGUGCCAAUGCAAAUGCAGAUGCACGUGCCAAUGCAGGUGGAGGUGCAAAAUCCGAAUUGAAUGCAAAUUGGGCGGCACGACAACAGGUGGGCGGUGUAACGAAAUGGCUUACCAGGAAUGGAAGGAGUGUAUUUAUUGGCGGUAAUUGUAGGAAGCCAGAAGGCAGCGGACAAACAACCUAUCGGGCAGCUUGGCUGCCUGGCAGUGAGGAAGGCAGAGUGAUUGUAAACGAGAAAUCGAAAUCAACAAAUUAAAUGGUUUUCCAAAUUUCUACUUUUUAGCUUAAGUGGAAGGCAUUAAAUUAGAGUGGAAACUAGUAAUACUAACAUUUUAAGAGGUUAGUCUCGUAUAUACACAAGCAUUAUACCCAAUGCACAUGCAGAGUCGGUAGUAAAUAGAUUUCACUGAGUUAUGGUUAAUAUGCCGAACGGCAGAUAUUUUUUAUGAGGAGCUUUUUGCAUGGCAGAAAUACACUCGGAGUUUUACCAUUGCCUGCCGAGGGGCGACCGCUAUUAGAAACAACUUUUUCUUCAUUUUGGUUUUUCACCGAGAUAUGAACCUACGUUCUCUCUGAAUUCCGAAUGGUACUCACGCACCAACCCAUUCAGCUGCAGCGGUAGUCCAAUAUUACGCCCAGGUAUUUCUGCUGGGUACUCCGACGAGCAAGACUAAGGUCUUUUGCCCUAACCCACUAUUAAUUCGAACUACUACAAUAAACGGCAGUUAGAUUCAUUGCAGUCACGGUGAAGUUAUUGCAGAUGUUCUGCGGCUGCUUCUUGGAACCACACCACAUCAAAAUCUGUUUUUUACCCAGCGUACAUAAGACUUCACAGAUGGGAACCAGGAAAAUGGAUUCUUGUGGUACUACAUUGGCUAAUGAAUGGUUCUUACGCCUUCAAUUGUAUCAAGCGGGAGGGCCAUACCAUCAAAUUAGCUCAGCAUAGGUUGGAUUAGGUUAGGUGAAGUGGCUGUCCUUCGAUGUACAUAGGGCAGUUAGAGACCAUUAGAACUACCCUAAACUUACUCUACUUGGUUCUCUUUAAACCAUGGUGUGGCUUUGAAAAAGCUGGCUAUACUAGCUAGUUUGAGAUUCGUAAUAUCCGCAAUGUUGUCCAGAAAAGCGAGACCGAGCAUUCCCAAUCGUCUUCUUUACAGAGCCAUGCACCCGCAUACAAGGUGUUCGACUGUCUUCUAUAUCGUCACAUCUUCUACAAUAGUCAUUUUAUGGUGCCCCUAAUCUACUGGCAUGUCUUCCUAUUACAUAGUGCCCAGAUAGGUCAUCUACUAUGAUUCUUAGAUCCUUCGUACUUAAUUUGAGUAGAUUCUUAGUGCGACCCAUUCGGGCCACGUUUGUCGGUUGAUAGCGUAGGUAUUUAACUGUUGUCGGUUGGAAUUUGCAAUUGUAAUGAUGUGCAUGCCUAUUAAAAGUUUAUAUGUUGCAAAGGGUAUGGGUAUGUCGACCUUGUCUGCCUAGUUUGGAGCAAGGAAAUCAAUCUAUCUAACUCACUUGCCUUACAGUACCCUAUCUCGUGGCAUCCAGAGUAGAUUAACAGAAAUAGAAAAAUGCAGCUCAGCAUAACAUUUAUUAAAUAGUGAGCAGUACUAAUUCCCUACAAAACCUUGCUUUUACUAACCGAGUUUCCGGUAUUGAAAACUUUUUUCAUGGCCAGUGCUAACAGAGCCAUUGUUUUUCAGUGUCUACCCUUUUCCAUGCUUUGUCACUCACCGAAGAUUUUCCAAUAACUACAAUCUUCCUCAUGGUGUGGAUUGUUCUCUCUUGGAAAACCUUUCGAGAGUAAAAAAGCAUAGCUUAUUUUAUGUUAGCCUGGUUGACAACAAGCCACGCAUAGACCUUUUAGACCCUAGCUAUAUCAGAUGGAGACCGACCUCUAUGAAUAUCGAAAGUAUACAUCAUGCAGGAUAUCAGCGCUUUUGGCGAAGACCCUCAACCAAUGGGGCUCUCAGGCAUUUUAAACGCGUUUUUAAUAAAAAGCAUAAGUGCUCGGCAUAUUUGACUCGGCAUUGUGAAUUGCACUUGGUCGCCUUUUUCACUCUUUCAAACACUUGGUUUGUGUAACCAUUAUAACUGAGCAUGAAGCGCGUUGGGUAUAGAAAAAUAAAUACAAAAUUACACAUAUGUGAGUUGGGAGAAAUUGCAAUGUAGGAAAUUGGUUCGCUAUUAAGAUGUCUGUAAUAAUAGUUCAAAAAAGUAAAAAGAAAUAAAAAAAAAAUAAAAAAAUGAAAUUCAAGCAUUGCAAGUAUGCAUUAAAAAUGUCUCUCUAUGGUUCGUUUCGUUAUCUGCAAAGUUUUAAAUUUUAAAUGUAAUUGUAUAGACUCGUAAGUUUGAAACUGUAAAUUGAUUUCAGAGAAGAAGUUUGAGUAUUUGCUUUUCACAGCAUUAGGCUGACUCCAAAAAAAAAAUAAAAUAAAAAAAAAAUAUUAUAAAAAAUUAAAAAAAAAUAAAAAAUCCCAAAAAAACUUACAAAUAAAAUAAAAGUCACCUAAAAACGAAAUGCAAAGAACCAAAAAAGUGAAUGCCAUGAUGUUGCAAUAGCUACACAUUUAAAUCUAACUAGUUAAGAAUUAACUAGUUAAGAAUAAUUUAUUUAUGUACAACUAAAAAAUAUAAGCUAAAAGAAAAAGUUUGUAAAUAAUUUAAUGAAUUAGAAACACAAAAUACAAUUAAACUACUCUAAAACAUAAAUAAAAGAAAAAAGAAAAGAAUUAUUGUAUCUACCAAAGAAAAACAGCGCCAUUUACUUAUAAAAAAGAAAAACAGAGUCAAGCGAAACACGUACAUAUGUAUGUGUGCAUGUACGUAUGUAGUAGCACCCACAAAAUUUUGCAUACGCGCUUUUUAAAAUAACUUUAAAAUGAAAUUUGUAAAUGAUUUUAUAGUGACGAGAGGAAUCCAGCUCUAAAAAGUUGAGCAUAAAAUGUAUCCUUAAAUAGCCCUCAUAAAUUUAAAAGAAGAAAAACAAAAAACUAUGUUUGUGUAUGAGUAGUAUUAAGAAAAACUUUAAGUACAUAUCUGGGAUAAGAAAAGAAGAAAAUAUAGAGCACUCUUAAACAAUCGGCAGUUAGCUAAACCUUCUUUGUAUUUACAUACAUUUAUGGAAAACAAAUUGUUUUUUAUACUUAUUUAUUUACAUGAUAACUAAUUAUGAAUAAUUAAUCCACUAAAGUUAAGCGCUGGCUACUAGGGCCUUCGGCAUGGAAAAUAUAAUUUUAAAUUACAUUACAUCCAGGCAUAAAAAAAUUUAACAAAAACUGUGAACUUGAUAUUUUUAACAAAAACAAAGCUGCAAUAAAUUCUUUAUUUAGAAAUUUAACUUUGAAAUGAAUUAAGUUUUUGCCAAUAUGAUUCUAAUUUUAUGAACAUCUUGACUAACUCUGCUACUCCGUCAUUCCCACCAUCAGCUUGUGAUACAUACGUUAUUUAUUUAUAAGUUCAAUUUCGUUUUCAUAUUAAAAUCAUAGCGAUAAAGGCACUGUCCGACGUGGCAAGCAAAGUGCUUUCAGCAAGUCUGUAAAACAGGAUUUUAGGAAGUAAAGCAGUCUCACAAUGUAUGUGAAGUAUUUAUCGACUUGAGAGAUUUUUGGUGGGAUGCUCAUUAAACUGGGAUGCCCCUUAUAACAGUAGUGCAAAACUCAUAAUUCUCUCUCUCUCUCCCCACAGAGGUGUUGUUUGAGUCACAAUCCAGGCCUAAUUAACACAAAAGAUUCCAUUUUGAUACGUCACUUUUAGAACCGUUGCUUUUUAUUAGUUCAACUAUCUUGAUUUGACUAUGACUCUGCCUAUGUUGUCUAUUUUAUUCUGCUUUAAAAAUACUAUUCCGAUUACCCAGGUGAAAAGGCUUGGAAGUUUUGAGAUCUUUCGGAUAUACACCGCCGCCGACGCCGCAAUCCAUCUUGUAUUCUCUUUGAUUACUGAAUUCAAAUCACAUUUAUUUCGGAUGGGGAAUUUUACCUUAAACUCUAUUCUAGCGUUUAGGGUAGUGGGAGUAAAAACUGAUGUAGCAAAUAAGUCUUCGGCUGUCUAAAAUAACCUACUUUUAUUCUGACGGGGGUAUUCGUUGAUAUUGUAAGUCCAUUGGUAACAGGGAGAGCAUCGGAGUACUCGAAUUCAGGCACUUCACUCGCAAACUAACUGUCAGAGUUCGCUCGAUUUUAAAUGACAUGUGCAUUUUAAAUUGGUAUGAAAAAAUGUUUAACUUUUUUUAAAUUCUCAAACCAAAAUCAGUCAAAAUGCAUUUUUAGAGUACAUGUUUUUUUUGUUCCAUUAAUUGUUGCACGCACGAGUUUUGAAAUUGUUUUAUUUGCCCCAAGCUAGAUUUACACAAACAUCCCCAUGCAUACUGUAAACAUAAUAUAUUUGUAAUACUGAGUUAUUAAAGAAUUGUUUUAAAAUUAAUUAAUAUACAUUUGUAAUUAUUACCUAUAAAUAUUAUUUGUAUGUAUGCAUAUUUGUAGUAUUAGAGAGCUGAAGGCUCGUUAAAUGAUAACUUAAAUGUGUAGAUUGUCGAAAGAAAACAUUACAGCAAAAAAACAACAAAAAAAUUAAAUAAAAAUAAAGACAAAAACAAAUGUAGAGAGCGAACGCAAGUAUUGUAGUUGAUGCAAAAAGCAAAAACAAAAACAACAACCACAAUUUGCGAUA